UUGAGAUCGUUGCGCACGCUCUCAGACAUCGAGACAAACAGCUCACACACUCACGUUGAACUAGGAUUUGGARAAAGAUCUAGUUGAUCAUGGUACCAAGGACGUCUUUUUUAUCGACCGCGCUCAAGAUAAAGAGUGCUAAAGUUACAAUUCCAAUUCGAAACGUCGCCGAUCAUGGAAUUUACACAGUUCCGUACGCAAAGUGCCAUUGRUGUGAUAAAAUGUUCCCUAACCAAAUGGGCCCACCGGAUGGACAUUACGACCCGUAUUACAACAAUAGUAACUUACCGCUACACCCUCAGUUUAACCAGACACCGUAUAACCCUACGGGAUAUGGCAGGCCGACACCGCAUCCUCCUCAAGGUAUGAACAACUUGCCUCCACCACUAGGACCUUCAUGGAACAUCAACCAUCACUUUCCACCACCCACUCAUCAGGCCCCCCAGUCCUCUACGAAUUUCACUACAUCCAUCCAUCAUCAAAGCUCCACGUUUGCUUACCAAAUGAACAACACAAACCAGAGGAAUCAAUUCCAACAUCCAACUGGUCCUCACCAUCUUCCAUGUCAGCCACYGCCUGCACCUGUCCAUCUCYCAGUCCCRCCCAGCCCGUAUGGGCAUCAUCCAUCAUCACAGUAUAUGAUGCCACAGAUGUUUCCAGGGGGGGAAAUGCUUCAUCAAGGUUGCCCAAUCCCAGGAGGGCCACCAGGUGGGCUGCAAAGUGAGAUGCUUUAUAAUAAUAACAAUCAUUUGGUGGACCAACAUCUUCGACACAUGCAGAAUAUUCAUUUGAAUGUACCCCCUGGAAACCCCAAUCGUGCACCUCUCCAUCCCUACCAUCAGAACAACUUUCAAAGAGAGAAACCCCAGCAGGACACAGGUAUCCCACAACAUGCAAAUAAUGUUCCUUGGCGAUUCGAUCGUCCYGACUCUCUACUCUACCCCCACAAGAGAAAUCCUGACCCUGGUGCCAGAGAAAUGAACCAAGGAAUGUACGACCAGUGGGCACCUGCCCCRUCACCUCAAUCAUACGAAUGCUCAUCACACGCAAAAGAGCAAACCCCUAGAUCCCAAUUACGUUCCCAGUCAGCCAACCCUUCCCGAUGGACGCCUGCCAAAAAUGUCUUAGAACGUAAUACUGCCCCAUGCUUUGACGAGAGCAGUGAAGAACUGGCCGAAAUUUUUGCUGACAACCCUAACAGGGGCGCUCAAGGAAGUGAGAGCUGCUCGGAGAGAUCUUCAAUCCUUACGACAUCAUCUGAGUAUGUUUUCAACAGCGAUGAUGACGGGUUUGAUAUUUUCCUGAACGUGGACGAAGAAUUUGGAUCAAAGRGAGUAUUUAGUGAGGGGACUAUUAAUCGUGGGCAGAAUCAAGACACAUGCCAGAAACCUGUUCAUGAGCAAGAGAACAAAACCUGUUCGAAAUACUCCACUACUAAUAAUUAUCUAGAUAAUAAUAAUUCAUCACAAGGUAUAAAAUCCCCACAUGGUCUCACACUCAUGAACCAACAAGAGCAACCCCCAGCUGACCAGCUACAAAAGGUAGGGAACUAUCUCAAGGGUCUUCUUAAGGUGGAUGUAACCCAUUGCCAUGGAAACCCUCAAAGCAAACCAGUGGCUGGUCAAGAGAGUCGUGCAGGAAGGAAAUCUAAGAGUCCGAAUGAUGGUCCGACAAUCAGGUCACUGAUCGAUYGCCCUAUUUAUAAUAACUGUGAGAGUAGGCUCAUGAAUAAGAAUAGCAAGGGCGGUGGUGAGGAGAAAGCYGAGGUGAGCGUACCGAGCCAUGCCAGUAAUGCAAUCAAGAGGAUUAAUAUUCAGAGGAUUACAACACAUUUUCGAGUCCUAUUUGAGCCAAUCCCUGACAUGUUUGCAGAGUAAUUUAUGUAGUUAUAUCAAUUAUUUAGUCUUAAUAAAGCAAUUAUUGUCUCUUUU